CGGCGGAGCGGCGGAGUGGGAACUCAUGAGUCCACUUGUAUGCUAGCGCCAAGCUGACGUCUCUGGCUCAUCGAAAGGGAUGGCCGCUCUCUAUGUGUCCCCACAUCCGGAUGACUUCAGGAGUCUCCUGCCUCUUAUAGCGGCCGAGUUUUGCCUCUCCUCACGUCCCCGUAUCAUCAAAGAGGACCCUCCGGCCUCCUUGAAUGCCCGUUGUAAGCCCUCCCUUGUUCUAGGAACCAGGCAAGGCGGUGAUGUCCUGAGUGGGGCCAGUGCUGUGGCCUGGUACCUGGCCCUUCAGGGUAAGAGGGCAGGCCGGGAUGCUAAACAACAGAGUCAGGUGUGGCAGUGGCUCAGCUUCGCAGACAAUGAGCUCACCCCUGUGUCUUGUGCUGUGGUCUUCCCUCUGCUCGGGGUGAUGAGUGAGGAUAAGAAGCUCCAGCAGAGUUCUCGGGCUGAGCUGUUGCGUGUUCUGAAAGUUUUGGACCGGGCCCUGGAACCCAAGACCUUCCUGGUGGGGGAGGCCAUCACACUGGCUGACAUGGCUGUAGCAACAGCUGUUCUCCUGCCUUUCAAAUAUGCUUUGGAGUCACCAGACAGGAAGCUCUUGAUCAAUGUUACCAGAUGGUUUAUGACCUGCAUCAACCAACCCCAGUUUCUCAAAGUCUUGGGGAAGAUCGCUCUGUGUGAGAAGAUGGUACCCGUUACACCCACGACUAUUGUUGCUGCCAAUGGCAACCCGGCCAACACCAAUCAUGCUGCUAAUGGCACUGGUGCCACAGCCAAUGGACCACCAAAGACAGAGGCCCAGCUGAAGAAGGAGGCGAAGAAGAGAGAAAAGAUGGAGAAAUUCCAACAAAAAAAGGAAAUGGAAGAGAAGAAAAAGAAGCAGCCACCAACAGAGAAAAAGGCAAAGCCAGAGAAGAAAGAGUUGGGAGUGAUCACAUACAACAUCCCUACCCCACCUGGGGAAAAGAAAGACGUCAUUAGUCCGCUUCCUGACUCCUACAGUCCCCAGUAUGUGGAGGCUGCCUGGUAUUCAUGGUGGGAAAAGCAGGGAUAUUUCAAGCCUGAGUAUGGGAGGAAGAACAUCAGCGAGCCCAACCCCCGUGGCAUCUUCAUGAUGUGUAUCCCUCCGCCCAACGUGACUGGGUCUCUUCAUCUGGGACAUGCCCUCACUAAUGCCAUUCAGGAUUGUCUGACCAGAUGGCACAGGAUGCGAGGCGAGACCACCUUGUGGAACCCUGGUUGUGACCACGCUGGCAUUGCCACCCAGGUGGUGGUGGAGAAGAAGCUGAUGAGGGAGAGGGGCGUAACCCGCCAUGACAUGGGCAGGGACAACUUCAUCCAGGAGGUCUGGAAGUGGAAAAAUGAAAAGGGAGACCGUAUCUACCACCAGUUGAAGAAAUUGGGCUCCUCUCUGGACUGGGACAGAGCCUGCUUCACUAUGGACCCUAAACUCUCUUAUGCAGUCCAGGAGGCCUUUGUCCGUAUGCACGAGGAGGGAGUAAUCUACAGAAGCAAGAGACUGGUCAACUGGUCAUGCACGCUCAAUUCUGCCAUCUCAGACAUAGAGGUGGAUAAGAAGGAGCUGACUGGCAGGACUCUUUUGCCCGUUCCUGGUUACAAGGAGAAAGUUGAGUUUGGAGUGCUUGUUUCUUUCUCCUAUAAGAUAGAUGGAUCAGAUGAAGAGGUGAUUGUGGCCACCACUCGUAUUGAGACCAUGCUGGGAGAUUCAGCUGUGGCUGUCCACCCUGAUGAUGCCAGGUACCAGCACCUGAAAGGGAAAAUGGUGCUGCACCCCUUCUGUGACCGCAAGAUGCCCAUUGUCUUUGAUGAUUUCGUAGACAUGAACUUCGGAACGGGUGCUGUCAAGAUCACCCCAGCCCAUGACCACAAUGACUACGAGGUUGGUGAGAGACACAAUCUGGCCUUCAUCAACAUCCUGGAUGAGAAAGGCUUGCUCAUUAAUGUGCCCCCUCCCUUUUUGGGUAUGAAGCGAUUUGAGGCCAGGAAGGCAGUGCUGCAGGCGCUGAAGGACAGAGGCCAGUUCAAAGAGGUCAAGGACAAUCCUAUGGUGGUACCAGUCUGCAGUCGCUCGAAGGACAUUGUGGAGCCGCUGCUGAAGCCCCAGUGGUACGUGAACUGCACAGACAUGGGCAAGCAGGCAGCAGAUGCCGUCAGAGAGGGUCAGCUGAAGAUCAUCCCGGACCACCACCUCAAGACUUGGUUCAACUGGAUGGACAAUAUCAGGGACUGGUGCAUCUCCCGUCAGCUGUGGUGGGGUCACAGAAUCCCUGCCUACUUUGUCACAGUGAAUGAUCCCUCUGUGAAACCAGGAGAGGACAUGGAUGGUCACUACUGGGUGAGUGGGCGGACAGAGGAGGAAGCCAGAGAAAAAGCAGCAAAACGCUUCAACGUGUCCGCUGACAAAGUCUCACUCAAACAGGAUGAGGAUGUCUUGGACACCUGGUUCUCCUCUGGUAUUUUCCCCUUCUCCAUCUUCGGAUGGCCCAAUGAGACCCAGGAUCUGAACGUGUUCUAUCCGGGAACGCUGCUGGAGACCGGCCAUGACAUCCUGUUCUUCUGGGUGGCUCGCAUGGUUAUGAUGGGCCUCAAACUGACCGGCAAACUGCCAUUUAAAGAGGUUUAUCUGCAUGCGGUGGUGAGGGAUGCCCACGGGAGGAAAAUGAGCAAAUCCCUGGGAAACGUCAUUGACCCACUAGAUGUCAUCACUGGGAUCUCCCUAGAGGGUCUUCAUGCCCAGCUGAAGGACAGUAACCUGGAUCCAGUGGAGGUGGAGAAGGCCAAGCAGGGCCAAAAAUCCGAUUACCCCAAUGGCAUCCCAGAAUGCGGGACAGACGCGCUGCGGUUCGCCCUCUGUGCCUACUCCAGCCAAGGCAGAGACAUAAACCUUGAUGUCAACCGCAUCUUGGGUUACCGCCACUUCUGCAACAAGCUGUGGAACGCCGUGAAGUUUGCAAUGAAGACACUGGGCGAAAAUUUCGUACCGUCGGAGAAAGCUCAGUUGUGCGGAGAGGAGAGUGUAUCAGACCGGUGGAUUCUGUCCAGGCUGAGUGCAGCUGUGGGCCUCUGCGGUGCUAGCUUCCACGCCUAUGACUUCCCCACAAUUACCACUGCCAUCUACAACUUUUGGCUCUACGAGCUCUGUGACGUCUACCUGGAAAGUGUGAAACCAGUGUUCAGCAAGGCGGAGGAGGACCCUGCCAGCCAGAGACAGGCUCUGGUGUGCAGACAGACCCUUUACACCUGUCUGGAGGUUGGCCUGCGCCUUCUGGCCCCACUGAUGCCCUUCGUCACUGAGGAACUCUUCCAGAGAUUGCCACGACGACAACCCCAGGAUAACCCCCCCAGCAUCUCCGUCACACCGUACCCCGAGACUGAUGAGUUCUGCUGGAACAGUGAGGAGGUGGACCGUCAGAUGGAAUUUGUAAUGACUGUGGUCAAGACCAUCCGUUCCCUCAGGGCCGACUACAACCUGACCAAGACACGUGCUGACUGCUACCUCCAGUGUAUAGACGCUGAGACAGUUUCCCUGGUGCAAAAGUACAGUCUCCAGAUCCAGACCUUGUCCUACUCUCAGACCGUCAUCCCCCUGACAGCUGACCAGCCCGUCCCGGAAGGCUGUGCUGUGGCUAUCGCCUCAGACAGAUGUACCGUCAACCUCAUGCUCAAGGGUCUUAUCGAUGUUGAGAAGGAGGUUGCCAAGCUGACGACAAAGAAAGUAGACCUGGAGAAACAGAUGGAGAAACUGACCGAGAGGAUGGCAAAGAGUGACUAUAAGGAGAAGGUUCCUCUGAAAGUACAGGAGGUGGACACCGAGAAGCUGCGCCAGAGCCAGACUGAACUUGAAAAAGUCAAAGAAGCCAUAGACAACUUCCAGAAAAUGCUGUAAAUCUUCCCCAUGAUGGUUUUAGGUUUCUGAUACCCCUGUUUUCUUUGUUGCCCGUCUAUGUAUUUUCUUAAUGGAUGCUUAGGGGAAGGAGGGAAUCCAAUAAACCCUUUUAGACAACUGUCCUCAGCACCACAUUGUUCCAAUGCAACUUAUUUAUUCUAUUAAAUGAGACCUUUUUGUGAAGCACUGGGAUUAAGUAAAGAAUGCCAAGA